GUCCCGGACUCCGCCUUAGAGCUGGGAGCCCAGGUGAGCAGGCCUGCCUUUGCACCACUAACACUCGCGCGCCAGCUGCGCCGUUCCUGGAGAAAUCUGACUGGGCCACACUGGUGCACGCACUGGUGGCAUCCCAGUUGGACUACUGCAACGUGCUCUAUGUGGGACCACCCUUGAAAAGUGUCCCGAGACUGCAGUUGGUUCAGCGCAGGGCAGCCAGGCCACUUACUGGAGCCGAUGCCCGGGAGGGAGCGCACCCCUUCCUUCCCCCUCCAAGGCGCCCCACUGGCGGCCCCCCAUCACCUUCCGGAUCCAGGAGACUUGAGGCAUCGCGUCCUCCUUACAAGCUGGACAGACUUCUCAGGCCGAGCAGCGAAACGCUCCUUCCUCCCCACCCAGUUCAGCGCCAGUCUUAAAACUGCCUGGAGACGGCACCUUCUCAGGAGUGGCCCCAAAACGCUGGAACACUCUGCCAGGGACCCCGGCGCCUUGGACCUGGCCGCUCUCCACCUCCAGCUGCAGAUGGACGUGGCCCAGCUCCGGCAGGAAAGAGAAGAGCUGCGCCAACAGGUCGCCUUCCUGGCAGAAGCCCUGAGGGAGGCCGAGGCCGAGAACCAGGAGCAGCGGGCCAGGAUGGGGCGCCUGGCGCAGGAGGCGUCGUCCUUGGGGCGCGAGUUCGAGGAGGCGCAGUGCAAGGCGUGGUCGCUGCGCAGAGAGGCGGAGGGGCUGCGCGCGGAGCUGAGUGGGGCGCGGGCGCUGCUGCGAGAGGCCCGGCGGGAGCGCAUGGAGCUGGAGGCCCGCUGGGUGCAGGAGAAGGCCCUCGAGGCACAGCGCCUCAAUGGGGCCAACCGCCGCCAGGAGAAGUACCAGCGAAAGGUGACCCUCCUCCAGGAGACGUUGGAGCGGAUGAGGGAGGCCUCUGCUGCCGCCACCGGAGACGCUGACGGGACGGAGGAAGGGGCGCCUGCAAAGGGAAGCAGCUUGAGCUCGUCCAGCGAAGAAGCAGAAAUGGACACCGGAGGAGGGUGCGGCGGCGGUCAAGCAGAAGGGAGGCCCCCCAGCCCCCUUCCCCUCCCGGCAGGAGCAGAGGCAGGGAGAUCCUGACUGAGCUGACUGACUGACUGACUGACU